AAACUGAACCGCAUUUAGACCGUGGAAACAGAAGCGAUAACCCAGCCCGAUCGAUCGAGCGAGAUUGGAAUCCGAUUUGCCUCCUACGAGACACGAAUCCGAAGCGGAAUCGGAUGUCCUGUCUGAUCGAGCGGAAUUCAGAUUCCGAUCUGCCUCCUACAAAAACGUAAUGAUCCUAACAACUUAAUUAUUAACAGUACUCAAGCGGUUAAAUUUGCCCGCAACCAGCGUCGCGUUUCCGAGAAGAGCAGGCCAACAACGUCAACGACAUCCGCUUCAAGCUCGUCGAGGUAACAAUGGCCGAUGAACAGAGAGACCUGAACCAGAUACGGGUGUCCCGUGCGCAGCUGCUCGCCUACCUGUCUUUCUUACAACAAGCACAGCUGCCGGACUCCGUUCAAGCAGUAAAUAUCAACAUCAAUCGUGGCAUCGGAGAGGGCGGCGGCGGCGGCGAAGCGUACAGCAAUGGCGGGUUCGGUGCUGUCCCGGCCUCCAGUGAAGCCAUCGCCGCGCUGAUGGAGACGACGGUGGGUGAGACGAAGGAGAAGACAUGCGCGGUUUGCCUAGAGGAUUUCGAGGAGGGUGAGAGGCUCAAGAGGAUGCCUUGCUCCCAUGGAUUCCACGCGAGCUGCAUCUCCGACUGGCUUAGGCUCAGCCGCCUCUGCCCGCAUUGCCGUUUUGCUCUGCCUGCUCAGAAGGAUUCCGAACAGAAAGACGCAACCGAGGCGUGAGAUCGAGAUGAAUAUAGAUUUAAGUUUAGUGCAGUUUUGCUGCAUAUUGUAAUCACAAAAUGCAAUUGGUAUGGUGUAUUAGAAGUUUAGAGCGCCUUACAAAUUUGAUGCAAAAUUUUUGUUCAUGCAAGGUACUACCUUCGUCCA